CUUUAUAUCUACAGAGUUUAAAAUGUAGAUAUUACAUUGUUAUUAGGGUUAGUUACAUCCUGUAAAAAAUAUUAGUUUCUCUGAUGGCGCUGUAUUUGUCAGGUUGAGUGCACUGUCUCUUUAAGACACCCGGAAGUUAUUCCCUUCUGUGUAUUCACUAGUGAAACGACAGCUGUGUUCCUCCUCGGCGAUGAUAUCCCAGCUCGGUAUCUUGGCUUUUCGAAGCAGUGUAAGGUGCUGGAGACACCGGGCUGUCCUGACAGCGUCACUGGAGGCCCGGCGCUGGUACUCUGCCCCGGUUCGGAGCGGUGUCAAGGGGAUGGAGGAGAUCCUGGCGAGGGUUGUUGCACCUUUACCCACAUACGAAACGAGAGAUAAAGCCCCCCCUCCUCCUGAAUCGAACAGUUUGGAGUUUAUGCACUUCUACAGGAGUCUGGAUAAAGAAGACAGACUGAGUUUACUGACGAAGCUGUCCCAGGACUUCGGCGUGGAUCAUAAGAGUGUGUCAGAGCUAGCAGGGAAGCUUCUGGACGCUCAGUUACGAGACUUAGCGACCAUUUUACAAGUUGAAGACAGACUUCGGUAUUGCUUAACCCCUCGGUACAAACAGUUACUGAGUCACAUAAGCAGAGUCGAGGGUGGAGUGAAGUUUCUGGUGGAUCUCCGAACCGAUGUGCUUGAAAUAAUUUCAUCCAAAGCUAGCGAGAACCCGCACGUCAGGGAUCUCAAUGGCACGCUAAAGAGCUUGUUGUCUGAAUGGUUCUCAGUAGGUCUGUUAAGACUGGAGAGGAUCACCUGGCAGUCCCCCUGCGAGACUCUGCAAAAGAUAAGCCAGUAUGAGGCGGUGCACCCUAUAAGGAACUGGACUGACCUUAAGCGCAGAGUGGGGCCGUAUCGCCGCUGUUACGCCUUCACUCACGCUGCCAUGCCGGGGGAACCGCUGGUUGUCCUCCACGUCGCCCUCACCGAAAACAUCUCUGAUAACAUACAGGGUAUCGUCCGCGAGUUUGCCACACUCGAGUCAGAGGAGGAUGUGAAUAAAAUAAACGCAGCCAUCUUCUACUCCAUCUCCUCCACCCAGGCGGGCCUACAAGGGGUGGAGCUGGGCAACUACCUCAUCAAGAGGGUGGUGAGAGAACUACAGAGUGAAUUCCCUCACAUGGCUCAGUUCUCCAGUCUGUCGCCCAUCCCUGGUUUCUCCUCCUGGGUCCAAGGCCUGCUCAGCCAGUACAGGAAGGAGGGCCGUGGCUUGGAUCUCCUCUCCGAGCAGGAAUGGAAGGAGGUGGAACAGGCCACUGACUCGGACCCUGGCACCUCGGCCGUGGACGUCCUCCGUAAGCUGAUCGGCACCAGCGAGUGGAUGCGUUCUGAAAGGCUGACCCGCGUCCUGGAGCCGGUCUUGAUGCGACUGUGCGCGUGGUACCUCUACGGGGAGAAACGGCGAGGGUACGCCUUAAAUCCCGUGGCCAACUUUCACCUGCAAAACGGCGCCGUCAUGUGGCGGCUCAACUGGCACGCCGACACCAGCCCCAGGGGUGUGGCGAACUCAUGCGGGAUAAUGGUGAACUACCGAUACUUUUUGAACGAGACGUCUAAAAACAGUGCACUGUACCUGCAGAAUAAGGUCAUCACGGCAUCGGAGCAGGUGUUGGGACUGGUGUCCCAGUUUCAGAAGAACAGUAAACUAUAAAAAAGACUAGAAGGAACUACUGAAUACUCUUUUGUUCAUUUGAUCUACAACAUGGGUGUCAAACUCAUUUUAGUUCAGGGGCCACAUUAAGCUAAAUUUGAUCUGCAGUGGGCCGAACCAGUGAAAAAAACCAUAAUAACAUAUAAAUAAUGUC